AGCCCCACCUGGUGGUCGAUACCAAGUACUGCAGACAACAUGGCGGCCACCGUCAGGACAUUGUGCUGUUCGGUGUUGAGAAACUCCAGCAGGCAGUUCAGCACAACGUGUGGAGUACAGGCUGGAGAGAAAUGGAGGAAAGAACAUGGACUUUCUCGAAGCGGCACAGAAUAUGGACCUCUGACAGAUCUGCCUGACUGGUCGUAUGCAGAUGGAAGACCAGCACCACCAAUGAAGGGCCAGCUGAGGAGAAGACAAGAGAAGGAAGUUUUAGCUAGACGGAUCGUGAUGCUGAGUGCGGAGAUGGACAAAGGAAUAGAGAUGUGGAGGGAAAGACAGGACGAGGCCAAAAGAGUGGAGGAUCAUAAAAAGUCUCUUUUAUUCAAACCUAAAGGGAAGUUAUUAAUGAAGAAAAAAUCUCAAAGUUAGACACAGUUUAUCGACGUGAUCCUGUUGUGAUAUCCUUAUUCUAAACAACAUAUUGACAUUCUGCCUAUUGGAAAUAUUUUAUUAAGGAUGUGUUGGUUUUCUCCUGCAUUAUAAUUUACGUUUGUCAGUAUUCAUGGAUUUCUGAAUUAAACGUUUGUUCUGUUUUUGAUUUA